AUGGAAGAGUCAACUGAGAGAAGAGAAAGACUAAAAGUUAUGCGAAUGGAAGCUUCACAGGAGGAUGCAACUUAUAAUAAUGACCAUUCAGCUGUUAGUCUCUCAAACCCGUUACUUGAAUCCACAACUAACUCUGAAACUAAGGCGCAGACAACUUCUCAAAGCUUUAACUAUUACACCAACCCAUUGGCUGCGUAUUAUGGGAACAAGCACAGGAGCCAGGUCAGUCCUCAGCUAUCACAGAAUUUUUCAUCCACUCAUCCACGUUUGCAGACCAAUGAAACGUUUCCCUCACCUUUCCUUCAACCCCAUAUAAACCACUCGCCAAAUGCACAAAUGCAACAGCCACAGGGAUCCUAUGCAAGUUCUAAUCAUGCUUAUUCAUCUAACCCACCACAAAGUAGCUCUUUAACCAACCCGAGUUGGAGGAGCAAUAGUCCUCACCCUAGAGGUUACUCUGCCCCACAAGGUGUCGGUUUUCCUAGCCCGCAAACCCACUUCACCAGUGGUUCAGGACAAGGCAGCUACCCUAGUCUUGGCUCUAGUCUGUAUUUCACCAACAGCCCUGGACCCAACUUCAAGAAUAGUUCCCAUUUUGCCAACAGCCCAGGUCAUGGUCCAGGACGCGGCUACCUUAGUCCUGGACCCAACUUCAGGAAUAGCCCCAACCAUGGCUCGGGUCAAGGAGGGUACCCUAGCUCAGGUCCAAGUUCCGGGAGAGGGAGAGGCGGUGGGCCUGGAUAG